AGCGCGAAAUGUAGCCGCUAAAUUCGUUAAAACGUGUAAGAGAAGAGAUAAAAUCACACGGAAGAAAAUAUAUGGUUGUCAAUUACCUUCCACAGAUUCUCCCAAACGAUUCAAUUUUCCCUUUCCUUCUGUCUCGAUAUAGAUUCACUCACUUUCUCCGUGCGAAUUUCAACAAUGGCGUUCGCUCUCUCGCAGCAACUUCUCUGUCUCCACUCUCCCAAAACCAGUCCCAGUCCGCCAUCGAAAUCGCAUAAGCUCGUCGGAAACCCUAUCUUCUUGGUUCGUCUCUGGCCCUCUCACUGCAAAUCAUCACCGCAGAGGAAUUCCUCCACUUCGCUACAAAGUUCGCCGCCGGAAUCGGAACCGGACUUCUCGCCGGAGCUGAACGGGAGUCCCGGCGACGAACCACCAUCUGAACCGUCUUUGUUUGACUCGAUUUCGGUUCGCGUUCGUCGUUUAAGUGACGGGAUUUUUAAGUUUGAUGGACUGGUGUCGGAGAUAUUGUCAAUUGCAUUGCCUGCUGCACUAUCUCUGGUUGCUGACCCCAUUUCGUCGUUGGUUGAUACAGCCUUUGUUGGUCAUAUAGGAUCUGCUGAAUUGGCGGCGGUUGGGGUGUCAGUGUCGGUUUUCAAUUUAAUCGCAAAGUUCUUUAACGUUCCAUUGCUCAACGUCACAACUUCUUUUGUUGCUGAAGAGCAGGCUUUGGUUAAUAAGGGCGAUGGUUAUUUAUCCCAAUUUGGUGAUGAUUUCCAGGGCCAUCGCCAAAGCAAGAAGUGCCUUCCCUCAGUAACAACUUCAUUAUCACUAGCUGCUUUUAUAGGCGUCGCUGAAACUGUUGCUCUGUCUCUCGGCUCGGGCUUCUUAAUGAAUACCAUGGGCAUACCAGCUGAUUCCCCGAUGUGGGAACCUGCUGAACAAUUUCUUACCUUAAGGGCCUUUGGUGCACCACCAAUUGUCAUUGCGCUAGCUGCACAAGGCACAUUUCGUGGAUUUAGGGACACAAAGACUCCUUUGUAUGCAAUUGUGGCUGGCAACCUGGUUAAUGCUAUAUUGGAUCCAAUUUUGAUAUUCAGUUUUGGUCUUGGCAUUGGUGGUGCUGCGAUUGCUACUGUGAUCUCUGAAUAUUUGAUUGCUUUUGUACUUCUUUGGAACUUGAGUGACAAAAUAUCACUCGUCCCUGCUAAAAUUGAUGAGAGAAUGAUUUCCCGCUAUCUUACUUCUGGUGGUCUUCUUGUUGGCAGAACCAUAGCAGUGCUCGGAACUACAACGCUAGCUACAUCCAUGGCAGCUAGAGAGGGUCCCAUACGCAUGGCUGGUUUUCAAAUUUGCUUUGAAGUUUGGUUGGCUAUAUCUUUGCUUAAUGAUGCUUUGGCACUUGCUGGUCAGGCGCUUCUUGCCAAUAGUUAUGCCCAAAGAAAUCCUGAACAAUCACGCCAGGUGAUUUACAAAGUUCUACAGAUUGGUUCAGUGAUGGGAGUUGGCUUGGCCAUUAUAUUGUUCGUCGGUUUUGGAGCUUUUUCUAGCUUGUUCACCACAGAUUCAGAAGUUUUGGAUGUUGCUUUGUCUGGCUUACUGUUUGUUGCUGGAUCUCAGCCAGUAAAUGCUUUAGCAUUUGUCAUUGAUGGACUUUAUUAUGGAGUUUCAGACUUUGAAUACGCUGCAUAUUCCAUGGUGAUAGCUGGACUAAUUUCUUCCCUUUUCAUGCUUGUGGCUGCUCCUUCGUUUGGUUUUGCUGGAAUCUGGACUGGGUUGUUUCUCUUCAUGACAGUGCGCAUAGUAGCUGGAUUUUGGAGGUUGGGCACGAAAAGCGGACCUUGGAAAAUGGUUUGGGACACAUUGGAGCAGGAAACCGAGUGAGAAUUCUGCCUUUUGGAUUGUUAGAUAGGGAUUAACUUCUCCAGAUUCAAUCUAAAUCAAGAGUAACCGCAGCUACAACGCUGUUCUUUCGAGGUCAGCUGGAUCUGGAUUGGCUUUUAGUGAGCUUCUAACUGCUUGCUGGAAUUAAUAUGUGCUCAGCUCAGCAGUUGAAAAGCUUAACGAACCGUUUAUCUUCUAUCAGUUACCAGCUUCUUCAUAUCUGAUUCUUUAUGCACUUCCUGCGCAUACAACUAGUUUCAUAUUGAUUAGAUACCUCAAAUGUGCUAGAAUUGUCAAUCAUAAAUUGUAAAUAUUUUGGCGACAGUUUCAGAGGAUUGUGCUCGGUGCUCUUGUAAUGAGGGGCCAAAAAAAUAGGGGAGAGAUUAAAUUGUUAGGGUACUGAAAGAUUAUUGAGACUUAUUUGAAUGGACUCAGAAAAUCAUUUAGCAGUUUUUAGUUUUGGUGGUGAUUUGUAAAUUGAUCUCUAUGUGGACGUUACAUUGAGAUCAUUGAAAAUGCUAGACUAACCAUUUUAUA